AUGAGGCUGGCGGUGGCGGCGGCUGCGGCGGCGGUGCUGCUGGUCCUCGGGCCGGGCGAGGCGGGCGAAGCGGGCGAGGGCGGCGCGGUGACUUGCGGCUCGGUGGUGAAGCUGCUCAAUCCGCGUCACGGCGUCCGCCUCCAUUCGCACGACGUCCGAUACGGAUCCGGCAGUGGGCAGCAGUCUGUGACCGGAGUCACGAGUGUGGACGACAGCAACAGCUACUGGCGUGUGCGGGGCAAGUCGUCCAGCGUUUGCGAGAGAGGCACCCCGGUACAAUGCGGGCAGACGAUCCGCUUGACCCACAUCAACACAGGCCGCAACCUGCACAGCCACCAUUUCACCUCUCCCCUUUCGGGCAACCAGGUGAGGCAAUCAGGUUCCCACAAAUGGCCAGCAAGCAACGGCCUUCAGGUCUUGUGGAGCCGGCGGUUCGUUUUUAAAUAUUGAGUCGCUUUGCAGAGUGGGAUGGGCGUUGCAUUAAAUGAUUAAAUGAAGGAAUAGUCAAACUGAGCUUGGAUAUCCAAGUUGCUUGCUUCUGCAACACCAGGCUUGGAUUCUGUGGGCAAAGAUGU